GCGGAUCUUCUUCCGCUCCUCGCGAGUGACACUAGGCGCGGGCUUAGAUUCAACGCUGGUGUUGGCGGGGUGCAGAGCCUGUCUUCAGGUCGGCUCGCCUUGGGGACCAUGGCCACCGACUCCUGGGCGCUGGCGGUGGACGAGCAGGAAGCCGCUGUCAAGUCGAUGAGCAGUUUGCAGAUCAAGGAAGAGAAAGUCAAAGCAGACACCAAUGGUGUUAUCAAAACCAGCACCACUGCAGAAAGGACAGAGGAAGAAGAGAAAGAGGACAGAGCUGCUCAGUCUUUACUCAACAAGCUGAUCAGAAGCAAUCUUGUGGAUAACACCAACCAAGUGGAAGUCCUGCAGAGGGACCCAAGCUCCCCGCUCUACUCAGUGAAGUCCUUUGAAGAGCUUCGCCUGAAACCACAGCUUCUCCAAGGAGUCUAUGCCAUGGGCUUCAAUCGA